UGGAAAUAUCCCGAAAACGCCGUUCUGUCUCCGCACCGGCUCGCGAAAAACGCCAGUCAACCGGCAGCUGCUUCAACCCUGGGUCGUCCGCCAUCGGAUGCACGUCGAGCCAAGCACAGAUUAUGGUCUACUCGACUUUCUACGAUGAGAACGGCGUCAACGUCUUCAACACGACGCGCUGCUCGAAGAAACCGUUCACCGACGCGGAGAUGCUGUUUUGCGGCCGCCCGUAUGGCCCGGACGCCUAUUAUCAAACACCGGAUAAGCUGCACAACGUCGUCAAGCAGUCCUGCCAAUUCCUGUACAGCGCCGGCUGCCCC